UGUAGCCACUAGCAAGGCGACGCGAGUGGCCCGCCAGACCCAAAAUAUGAAUGUGGUUGACGUCCCCGAAUUUCUACUGUGAUUGGUUUUCACAUCAAGCUCCAGCUAUGGACGCUAGCGCACUUUACUUCAAGCAGAUCUUGGCUCAACUGGGCAAUUGUGAAGAUGGUGCAGUUCCAAUGAGUGCUACAUUGAAAAUGCAGCUCCAGCUUGAGAGCCUUCUAGCACAGGGAAACAUAGGACAGUGUCAGGAACGCAUCCUGUCUCGUUAUUUCACACGAUCCAGAAUCACGUCCAGCGACAUUGUAAGAGGAGGUGAGUGCGGAUCCGAUGACACUCAUUUGUUGGCAGCUUCUGCAGAGAGAUCGUGUGAAAAAGAUUUGUGGCGUUCCAACCUCGCCAGCUUGUCAAGCGAAGCUCUGAGGGAAUUGUUUUGUAUCCCGCCCAAGCAAGGCCUGACCGCCGAAGAGAAGGACUCGUACCAAGAGAUCCUGGCAAAGUUUCAACCCGGAGUUGAGCAUGGAAAAAGGUUUCCACCAUUGGCGCCUUCACCCACACCCACCCAACCUCCUCGCACUGCCUCUACAAAACCGGAACCUAUGGCAAGAUCGUUUGUCACAGCCAAGGAACAACUAGGCCAAAUGAAAGCAGAGAGUGGCCAGACAGGUCCCAGGAACCUGGGCAUGAGGAGGUCAGCCACUAGCCAUUUUGUGUCACCCGUACCAAAGCAUGGUGAUGAAUCUAGUGGAGCAGCAGCCAAGCCAGAGGCUAGCGAUGCUGCACUAAAAAAUGUGGAACCCAAGAUGGUAGAACUAAUAAAAAAUGAGAUAAUGGAUCGUGGACCACAAGUUGGAUGGGACGAUAUUGCUGGACUGGAAUUUGCAAAGCAGAGCAUUAAAGAAAUGGUGGUGUGGCCUCUCUUGCGCCCGGACAUUUUUACUGGGCUGAGGAGGCCAUCCAAGGGACUCCUUCUAUUUGGCCCUCCCGGUACAGGAAAGACGCUUAUCGGAAAGUGUAUCGCUUCACAAGCUGGGGCCACAUUCUUCUGCAUCAGCGCAUCAUCGUUGACCUCGAAAUGGGUUGGAGACGGCGAAAAGAUGGUCAGGACACUGUUUGCCGUUGCAAGAAGCUACCAGCCAUCUGUCAUCUUCAUCGACGAGAUUGACUCCUUACUGUCGCAGCGUAGUGAUAGCGAACAUGAGUCUUCGAGGAGAAUAAAGACGGAAUUCUUGGUGCAGUUGGAUGGUGCGGCAACGGACGUGGAGGACAGGCUGCUCAUCGUUGGGGCUACCAACCGCCCUCAGGAGCUGGACGAGGCUGCAAGGCGCCGCCUACCGAAGCGGCUGUACAUACCGCUGCCCGACCUGGCCGCCCGAAAGCAAAUUGUGGAGAAACUUUUGGCUCAGGUCCCACACGGCUUGAACACUGAAGAGCUGGUGUCUGUGGCGAAGGCAACUGAUGGCUACUCGGGUGCGGAUGUGGCACACCUCUGUAAGGAAGCAGCCCUGGGGCCUAUCCGCAGCCUUACGUUUCAGGAUCUGCAGCACAUCACUGCACACCAGGUACGAGCUGUGAGCUUCGAGGACUUCGAACAAGCUCUGUCUCGUGUGCGUGCCAGUGUUUCACCGGGAGACAUGGACACUUACAUCAAGUGGAACUCUAUCUACGGCUGUACAGCUGGUCAAUGAAUAUCUUUGGGGCUGACCUGUAUCGAACAGAAAAUGUUCUUGUUCAUAAAAGCGAUGUGUUCUUUUUCUUGUA